GCGGAAACGCAGAAGGAAGCAACAUAGGACCGGGAAAAGGAUGGGUUUCCACCUGCACAGAGGCCGGGGAGGAGCCGCCUUGCUGUGCGCCGCCGCGGUGUGGCUGGGAGCGCUGUCCGGUGCUGAACGCGUGUGCCCCCGGACCUGCAGGUGCGACGGUAAAAUCGUGUACUGCGAGUCUCAGGCCCUGCAGCAGGUCCCGCGCAACAUCUCCGCCGGCUCCCUCGGCCUGUCCCUCCGCUACAACAGCGUCCGCUCGCUGCGCGCCCACCAGUUCUCCGGCCUCCACCAGCUCACCUGGCUCUACCUGGACCACAACUACCUGCACAGCGUGGACGCGGACGCCUUCCGCGGGAUCCGGCGCCUCAAGGAGCUCAUCCUGAGCUCCAACAAGAUCACCCGGCUGCCCAACGCCACCUUCCACCCGGUGCCCAACCUCCGCAACCUGGACCUGUCCUACAACAAGAUGCACGCCCUGCAGCCCCCCCAGUUCAAGGGGCUCCGCAAGCUGCAGAGCCUGCACCUCAGGUCCAACUCGCUCAAGGCCAUCCCGGUCAGGGUCUUCCAGGACUGCCGCAACCUGGAGUUCCUGGACCUGGGCUACAACAGGCUGAGGAGCCUGGCCCGCAAUGUCUUUGCCGGCCUCAUGAAGCUCACCGAGCUCCACCUGGAGCACAACCAGUUCUCCAAGGUCAACCUGGCGCACUUCCCCCGCCUGGCCAGCCUGAGGACCCUCUACCUGCAGUGGAACCGGAUCCGGGUUUUCAGCCAGGGCAUCUCCUGGACGUGGAGCUCCUUGCAAAAGCUGGACCUGUCCGGCAACGAGAUCCAGGCGGUGGCGCCGGGCGUCUUCCAGUGCGUGCCCAACCUGCACAGCCUGCACCUGGACUCCAACAAGCUGACCACCGUCAGCCAGGAGACCCUCAGCUCGUGGGCCUCGCUCACCACCGUCAGCCUGUCGUCCAACAUCUGGGAGUGCAACAGGAACAUCUGCCCGCUGGUCAACUGGCUCAAGGACUUCCGAGGCUACCGGGCUGAUAGCGCCAUGAUCUGCGCGGGGCCCAAGCCGCUGCUGGGCGAGAAUGUCAUGGAGGCGGUCGACCGCCACGCUAUCUGCUCCGGGGCCCCGCCUCCCGCCACCCGCAGUCCGCCCAGCGCCCGGACCACGCUCAAGACGGCAGCCCCGCUGCCGACCAGCGCCGUCACUGUACCGCCGCCCGCGGCCGCCACCACUGGCCCCCCCACCAAUGAAUCGCUGCCGGAAUCGGAUCACGACCUGGAGCCCAUCUCCCUGCACAAGAUAAUCGCGGGCAGCGUGGCCCUCUUCCUCUCAGUCACCAUGAUCCUGCUGGUCAUCUACGUCUCCUGGAAGAGGUACCCAGACAGCAUGAAACAACUGCAGCAGCGUUCGCUCAUGAGGAGGCAUCGGAAGAAGAGGGAAUGUGAGAGGCAGAUUAACUCACCCCUUCAGGAGUAUUACGUGGACUACAAGCCAACUAACUCAGAAACCGUGGACGUACUGGUGAAUGGAACAGCAGCGUGCACAUACAGCAGACCCGUCUCAAGGGAAUGUGAGACUGCACUGCCCAUGAACAUCACAGCCUUUUACAACUACGAUCAGCCACUGGUUGGGUACUGCAAAGCACAUCAGACUCUUCAUAUACACAAGCGGUACGAGACCCCUCGACAGGAGGAACCGGAGUCCAGCAACUUGGAACCAGCUAUGAGUCGGAACGUCAUUAGCACAGUGGCUCGCUCGGCUAUACCGAACAUACAUCUUGAACCACCUCACUCACCAUAGAAAGAGACCUCGUCGGUUGAUUGACUCUUGGGGGUGAAAUGCUCCAGUCUGGAAGAACAAAAAGACAAAGGAGGUUUAAGACAAAUGGUCCUCGCUGAGUUUUAACUAAAAAACAUACAACUCUGAACUAUCUGUGGCCAUUAAAAUAA